CCUGAAUCUGAAGGGACAGAGAUGGGCAGCCACAGUGACUAGCAGGCAGCCCAAGGCUUGGGGAGCUGCUGGGACAGCCUCAUGGCGGCCUCCCAACUGGCAGCGCUGGAGGAAGUGGAGGUGGAUGCUCAGGAGCUGCCCCUGGCGCUGGCCAAGCCCUGCUGCCUCUACUCUGAGGGCCAGCGGCUGGCACUGGAGGCCCUGCUGAGCCAGGGCACUGAGGCCUUCCAGGCCUGUGUGCUGCGGGAGGGGCUGUGCCCCUUCCUGAGCGGGACUGAGCUCCGGGACCUGGCUGGGGCCGCGGAGGACUGGACUGCAGCCAGGCAGGCGCCCGACGGGGCUGCAGAGGGAGCUGGCAUCCAGGCCACCGACGAUGAGGGGGACCUGGGUAGCCUGACCUAUUGGCCCGGCGAGUCAGAGGAACCGGUCCCCACUCUGCGGCUGGGCUGGCCAGAGGACGGAGCCUGGAAGGGGAUCACCCGGGCGCAGUUGUACACGCAGCCGCCUGGCGAGGGCCAUCCGCCCCUCAAGGAGCUAGUGCGCCAAGAGAUCCAGGCAGCACACAAGCUGGUGGCCGUAGCCAUGGACGUCUUCACGGACCCAGACCUGCUCUCGGACCUGGCCGACGCCGCCACGCGCCGCUGGGUGCCCGUCUACCUGCUCCUGGACGGCCAGCAGCUGCCCGCCUUCCUGGCUCUGGCCCAGCAGCUGGGCGUCAACCCCUGGGCCACUGAGAACCUGGACAUUCGCGUGGUGCAGGGCUGCAGCUUCCGGAGCCGCUGGCGCCGGCAGGUGUGCGGGGGCCUCCGGGAGAAGUUCCUGCUGCUGGACGACGAGCGGGUCCUCUCAGGGUCCUACAGCUUCACCUGGAGCGACUCGCGCUUGCACCGAGGCCUGCUCACCCUGCUUACCGGGGAGAUCGUCGACGCCUUCGGCCGCGAAUUCCGGACGCUGUACGCCGCCUCCCGGCCGCUCCCGCCCGCAGCCGCGCCCGCGCCCAGUCCGCACCGCGUGUGCCGCCGCCGCUGCGUGGUGCCCGGCUCGCCGCCGCCCACCGGAGCGCCGGCCACGCCCACCGCGCUGAUCCCGCCCAUCGCAUUGGCUUCCGCGGGAGCUCCGGCCACGCCCACCGCUCUGAUCACGCCCACCGCGCUGAUCCAGCCCACCGCAUUGGCUUCCGCGGGAGCGCCGGCCACGCCCACCGCGCUGAUCCAGCCCACCGCAUUGGCUCCCGCGGGAGCGCUGGCCACGCCCACAGGUCCGGCCCCGCCCACUCCGCUGGCCCGCCGCCUGGCCGCCUGCCGCCUGGAGCGCCCGGAGGCCCCGGCGCCCGCGCUCAGCGACAUCCUGCGCAGCGCCCAGCGCGCACGCGCGCCCAGCGGCGCCCCGGCCAGGCCCAGCCGCUCCCUGUGGGACCUCAGCCGCCUGUCCCAGCUGUCCGACUCCAGCGAAGGGGACAGUGAGCUCAAGAAGUCCUGGGGUUCCAAAGAUACCCCCGCCAAGGCCCUGAUGAGGCAGCGGGGCACUGGAGGGGGCGCCUGGGGCGAGGUGGACCCCCGCCCGUCAGCCUGGGCCCAGCCCUGGGGCAGCCCACUGCCCCUCCUUUCCAGCCGCUUGGGACAGCGCCCCCUAGGCCCCCGGAGGAGGUUCCCCAAGGACAGCACCUCCAAAUUCCAGGAUCCUAGGGGCACCUGGCAGGUCAACUGGGUAGGCCGCACAGGACUUGGGGGGCGGCCCUGACAGAGCCAGAGCCAGACUGGAGUGGCCUUUUCGAGCAGACUUGAAUGUGGGGUCCCCAUUUCCCCCACUGCUGUGACUCAGGUAAAACCUCCAGCUUCUGUGGCUGGGCAGCCUGAUGUGUUCCAGAAGUCAAGCAAACCCAGGCACCUGGGAAAGCCCCACGAAUGGAGCAGUGCUGUGGUGACUGUCUCUUACUGUCUUUGUGUAUCUGAUAAAUAUAUCUGAUAAAAGAA